CAAGGGUCAUGAGACUUAUGUCAUGACCACGAGACUGCUGCAUUUGCCUCACUUCUCUGCCACCUUGGUCCUGCUCUUCUGAGAAGCUAACUGUGCAGUUGCCUCUAGCUCUCCUGGGCUGCCCACGCCGAAGGUCGGCCUCUCGUCUUUGCCUUAGAUUUUAUUCUGAUGGCUGAUUCAAAACCACACCCUGCCCUUGAUGGGGACGCUGUGGCUGUGGAAGCCUUGCUCCGGGAGGUGUUUGGGAUUGUUGUUGAUGAGGCCAUUCGUAAAGGAACCUGUGCCUCCGAGAAGGUCUGCGAGUGGAAGGAGCCAGAGGAGUUGAAGCAGUUGCUGGAUUUGGAGUUGCGGAGCCAGGGGGAGUCCCAGGAGCAGAUCCUGGAGCGGUGCCGGGCUGUGAUCCACUACAGCGUCAAGACUGGUCACCCCCGGUUCUUCAACCAGCUCUUCUCAGGGCUGGAUGCUCACGCUCUGGCCGGGCGCAUUAUCACUGAGACCCUCAACACCAGCCAGUACACAUAUGAAAUUGCCCCUGUGUUUGUACUCAUGGAAGAGGAGGUGCUGAAGAAACUCCGGGCCCUGGUGGGCUGGAGUUCUGGGGAUGGGGUCUUCUGCCCAGGUGGCUCGGUCUCCAACAUGUAUGCUAUAAACCUGGCCCGCUACCAGCGCUUCCCAGAUUGCAAGCAGCGGGGCCUCCGGGCACUGCCGCCCCUGGCCCUCUUCGCUUCAAAGGAGUGUCACUACUCCAUCAAGAAGGGAGCUGCCUUUUUGGGACUUGGCACUGACAGUGUUCGAGUGGUCAAGACUGAUGAGAGAGGGAAAAUGGUCCCCGAGGACCUGGAGCAGCAGAUCAUUAUGGCCGAGGCUGAGGGUGCAGUGCCAUUCCUGGUCAGUGCCACCUCUGGCACCACCGUGCUGGGGGCCUUUGACCCGUUGGAGGCAAUUGCUGAUGUGUGCCAGCAUCACGGUCUGUGGCUGCAUGUGGAUGCUGCCUGGGGUGGGAGCGUCCUGCUGUCACAGACACACAGGCAUCUCCUGGAUGGGAUCCAGAGGGCUGACUCUGUGGCCUGGAAUCCUCACAAGCUCCUUGCAGCAGGCCUGCAGUGCUCUGCGCUGCUUCUCCGGGACACCUCGAACCUGCUCAAGCGCUGCCACGGGGCCCAGGCCAGCUACCUUUUCCAGCAGGACAAGUUCUACGAUGUGGCUCUGGACACGGGAGACAAGGUGGUGCAGUGUGGCCGCCGUGUGGACUGUCUGAAGCUGUGGCUCAUGUGGAAGGCGCAGGGCGGGCAAGGCCUGGAGCAGCGCAUUGACCAGACCUUUGCCCUUGCCCGGUACUUAGUGGAGGAAAUGAAGAAGCGGGAUGGAUUUGAGUUGGUCCUGGAGCCUGAGUUUGUCAACGUGUGUUUCUGGUUUGUACCCCCCAGUCUUCGGGGGAAGCAGGAAAGUCCGGAUUACAGUGAGAAGUUGUCUAAGGUGGCUCCUGUGCUCAAGGAGCGCAUGGUGAAAGAGGGCUCCAUGAUGAUUGGCUACCAGCCCCAUGGGACCAGGGGCAACUUCUUCCGAAUGGUUGUGGCCAACCCCUCCCUGACCCUUGCUGAUAUGGACUUCCUCCUCGACGAGCUGGAGCGGCUGGGCCAGGACCUGUGAGACUGCUCCUCCUCACUGCCACCCUUCACACAGAGUCCCUAGGUCCCUCCCUGUGUUCUCAAGAACAACCUUUCUGAGAAACAAAGUAGGCUUCACAAUGUCUAUAUGCUUUGACCCACUAACUUUCCUCACUAAAUAUUUGAGAAUGUUUAAAUAAACGAUAGUAUAGCCA